CAAUAAUUGUCAUACUGAACCUCCUCUAAAAGAACUUCUGCUUUAAAAGGCCUGUGUUUACCUUAUUGUUUUUGUUAUUGUGUUGACGUUCUAAGAGCAGAACAAAAUCAGAAAGGACAGAAAAACCGCCGAUCUAGAUAUUGAAUUUAUCAUGGAAGGAGACGACGAUAGGAGCUCUGAUGAUUCGUGGUCUGCUGAUUUUGAGGUCGAUCCUGUUGAGGCACAAUUAGAUGAAUUUUGGGAACCUGCUCGUGAUGAAAGCGAAACCACAGCGCCACUUUCUAAUGCUUUUGAUGUCUCCGAACAAACCUUUGAUCCUACUCUCCCUAUGCAGCAUUCUUAUCUAGGCACUGAUCUGACAGUCUUGCAUGGACGGACAUUGCUAGAUGAUGACGAAGGAUCUUCCUACUGGUUGCCACUUCUUCCGCAGAUAGACGUUGUUCUAGUACCUGGUCAAACUCUUCCACUUUCAGUGUCUAAUUCUGAACACCAGCAUACACUUCAAAUGAUAAAAAGAGCUCUGGAUGGAAACAAAAUAUUUGCAACAAUCUGCAUGUUGCGACAUGAAAAUAUGACUGAUUUAUAUUAUGCUGAUGUUGGAACAACUGCAGAAAUUUAUGAAGUUCAUAGCGGAGGUGAAAAUAACUCUAUGAAAAUAAAAGCUAUUGGCCGGCAGCGUUUCCAACUCCUUGAAACAAAACCAGACUCUGAAGGCUUCUUUCCAUUAGCACGUGUAAAGGUUCUUCCUGAAAUCACUCUACCCAAUCCAAUGUCAGAAAAUGCUUUUCAGUGUCUUGACAGGUAUCGAACAAAUGUAAAUGAUGAGGAGAAAGCAUUAAAAAGAAGACACAGUUUGCGUUCCAGUGAUUCAUUGACUUCAGCAUGGCCUUUAUGGAUCUAUGAGCAGUAUGAUCCACAAGUCCUAGUGAAGAGAAUGAAAAGAGUUUUAUCAACCUAUACUGCAGCCUCACAAAUCCCCUCUGAUCCAAUAGAGCUGUCUUUUUGGGUGGCACGCUCCCUUCCAGUCAGUGACGCUGUUCGACUCAUACCUCUCAGAAUGAACUCUGCAAUACAACGCCUUCGCUGGGAACUUAACACAUUGGAGAAGCCAAGCAUACUGUGCUGCAGAAAUUGCAAUCAGACAAUAGCCAACCAGCAAGAUGUAUUUUCAAUGUCAGCAGAGGGCUUGCAGGGCACUUACGUUAAUCCUCAUGGCUUUGUUCAUGAUACAAUAACCAUUCGGAAAGCCAAUGGUAUAGUUCUUCAAAAUCAGCCUCCUUCGACAGAAUUCAGCUGGUUUCCAGGCUAUGGAUGGACAAUAGCUGCAUGCUCCCAGUGUCAAAGACACAUUGGUUGGAGAUUUACAGCGACAGAUUCCCAAACAAGACCAAGCAAAUUUUGGGGUCUUUGCAGACGGUCAUUAAAUUCCAAAUCUGUCAAGGAAUUAUUCCCCAAAGAGUAAUGCUCCUCACAUCAAAUCCUUGUUAAUAUAUUUAAGACUCCUAUGUAGUUGAUCAAGAAUAUAUUGUUUAUUGGUAGGGUCA